UUCAGUGCACAGUUAGCACGGGCCAUGUCUCCAUCUGUCUGAACACGGACUGUGGAGCAGCGCCGUGGUUUCGCCGGUGUGUGGACCUGUUUUAUGAAUGGAGCCUCGUCGUAAAGGCUAGCAGGCUGGGUGGCUAACCUGCUAGCUCAUUAGCUGGAGCCACGUGUUGCAUUCAGGGUCCGCCCUCUUCGCCUCCACUCACACACACACACACACACGUGUCAAUAUGGCAGGCAGGAAAGAAGUAUUUCAAUCAAAAGUUCUCCAGAAGCUUUACCCUGAAGCUGCCAAACCGGAGAAGGAACCCAGCCCACCGAGCAUAGUAGAGGCUCUAUCCAGAAAAAGCCAUGUGAAAAGAAAAGCUUCUCAACAGGACACUGCCAUUGGGGAUGCUGGGACGACACACAGUGCAGCCAAUCCGGGCAAGCGGAUGUACACAGCCCUACCUCCUCCUGCAGACUACAAGACGGAUUCAGAGAAGUCCGUCACACUCCCCCAGCUAGAAAGCAUAAAUAGUGCUGAGGACCCAGCUGGGGCACUUCUAAAAUAUUUUGGAGCAUCCUCUGCCACUGGUGGUCAGGAUGAGCCACCCACCUCCCCCGCUAGACAGGACUCUGCUGAAGAUCAGGAUGAGGAGGAGCAGCCAUCUACCUCAUCAGCUACACAUUCUGGAAUGGUCUUGACCCUUCAGGAUGAGCCACCAUCUAUGUCGUCAGCAGUGUCCCCUCAAAUAUCUGACAUUGAGGAUGAAGACCUCUUUGCCUCUAGGCCUACUUCUCCCCAGCAUGAGCCUUCAGAAACACCUGGAGCUGAACCCCCACUGAGCCCCACUGAAGAUGAGCCUCUGUCUACUGACCCUGCUAGCUGGCCCUCACCUCUGACUGACAGGAUUCGGACUGAGCUGGUUCGAAGAGGACCAAAGGAGAGCGUCCAUGAUACCAAUGAGGAAUCAGACCCAGAUAAAGAGGAGGAAGAACAGAAAAGAAAACGGAAGAGAAGGAAAAAGAAACCAGCCCUCCACCAAAACUCUAGGAAAGGUGAUGCAGCUCCAGUGAGUGAGUCCAGCACAGGUCAGAGUCGGACACCUGAGGAUGAGGGAGGAGAGCACAUUAGCAAGAACAAGAAGAGGAAGCUGAAGAAGAAACGGCACAAAGAGAAGCUGCUCUCCAUGGGUCUGAUGCCCCGGGCCACCGCACUGGAGUUCACAUACCGAAAAGAUGGGGAGGAGGAGGAGGAAGACGAGGACGAUAACAACAAGAGGAGAGCUGCUGAGGUGUCAGAAUUCCUCAGGACAACAAUGGAAAUCUAUAUGUCAGAUUCCUCGGUGCGUGCAGACCAUCGCCCUCUCCUGUCUGGGACGGUGAAUGACCUCUUGAGCAGCAUAGCCAGCGGAUGCCUGCCCCCCGCUGUCCUGAAGCAGCUCUCCGGUCUCAAGGCCUUUGUUCAGCAGCAACAGGCAGACAAACUGGAGAAAGCACUGGGGGAGCUCUUCCACACUUCUCCUAUGUCUGCGGAAGAAACCGCUGCAGUCGUUUCACUGUUCCAGUACUGGAUCACAGACAUUCUACCCAUGCAGGGAGAGAAGAAGACAGCUUUCUCCGAUGCACCCAUGAGGCAGUGACUCACACUGAAGCAGAGACGCUACCCAAUGAUUAUUCCCGUUGUGCUCCAUUUCUUAUUCAAAUGUUGUACUUUUUACACUGCACAACGUUGGAUUUUACAAGAUGCUGCACAACAUAUUUGUAUAAUUCAUUUUUUUUUUUUCCAUUUGAUCUUCCCUUGUCUGAUCCAUUUUCAUGUCUUCUAUCUGUUAAUACUGAGCUUGGCAAAUCCUUCUGCGCACCAUGAGUAAGCUUGAAGUUAGUCAUUAUCUUACCGUAUUUUCCGCACUAUAGGGCGCACUGGAUUAUAAAACGCACUGUCAAUGAAUGGUCUAUUUUCGAUCUUUUUUCAUAUAUAAGGCGCACCGGACUAUAAGGCGCAUUAAGCGAAACAAAACAGUCAGUCAGUCAAACUUCCUCCACUUCCGUAGCAUUGAUUCAUUAAUGUUGAAUUCUCUCGCAGCUGCUC